AUGUCUCCCAGCUCAAAUGUGAUGCCGCCGCUCAGUCUCCCUCGCCCUGUACACGUUGUGCAAGGACCGGUCGGAACUGCUCGAUCGACCCUGCCUUUCGCCGGAUCUCUCAAAAGAGGUAACCAGGUCUUACACAAAGGCCGAUCGAGAUUACAGUCUACUAACAAGCUCUUCGUACCACAUAGCCAUCUUCUUGCCCUAGAACGACAGCUCCAAAGCACGCGGGAUGAGUUGGAACGGUACAAGGAAGCAGCCCUGGGUCCAUCUGAAGAGCUGAGUCCGAGAACCCUGUCAAACGGCCUGGCCCAUGAACAUCCCUACAUCACAGAGCAGAUCCUGGAGACGGUCAAAGUCGGUCCCAGUGAAAUCCUUACCUUGAUCAAUCAAUACUACACCAUCUAUGACCCGCAAUUCCCCAUUCUCCCAAAGAAGGAAACUUUUCUUGCUCAUUACAACGCAAAUACAUUGUUACUCUGGACAAUGCUUGCCAUUGCUUCAGGGAGCUCGGCUCAGAUGUCGCCACUGUUUAAUUCUCUGGUUGACCCGGUCCGCCGCUUGGCCGGUGAUCUAUACAGCCACCAGAGCCGUGGUUUAGAAGCCGUGCAGGCUUUGCUGCUUCUCUGCGCAUGGCCCUUCCCGUAUGCACAGACAGUCAACGAUCCCUCUCCGAUGUAUGCAUCAUUAGCAACGAACAUAGCAUAUCAGAUUGGUCUGCACCGACCGUCGUUUCGCUCCGACUUCGAAUACAAUGUUUCAACCCUGGACGAGACUUUGGAACAAGCCCGGCAAAAAGCUUGGUAUGGCUGCUUUAUUAUCAACCACACAGUUACAAUGAGAUUAGGGGUGCCUUCGAUAGUUAGGUUGAACCAUUCUAUUGUGUCAGAAAUCGCACAAGGAUCGUCAUCACACCUGCCGCCGAUUUUGCAUAACUUAUUGCACAUUGCCUUCCUCAGCGAAAAGACGAAUUCGGUCCUUGGUGACGACGUAUCGAUCCCUUCUGGACUCUUGCCUCAGCCUUUGAGACUGUUGCAACUCUUCGACCGCGACUUUCAAUCCAUCCGAAAAGUGCUGGAAAACACAAUGUCAAAGCAAGACAGGAUCUUCUUCUUGUCGUCACAACUGCAUCUUUAUUCCUUCGCAUUGAACAGUUACAGUGCCAGCACUCCUUCGCACGAGGCCACCGCCCCGGACAUCGAGAAAGAGGAAUUCGUGGCCAAAGCCAUGCAGGUGAUCGUCGAUUUAUUACUCCUUGCCCAGCAUGAUGACCAAGGUCAGAGCAAGGUGUGGCCUGCUUUCAUCAAACAAUGCAUCAUUUAUGCAGCUAGUCUUGGGGUCGCAGCCAUAGGCAUGUCUGAGCACUCAGAGAGUGGCCAGCGGACUUCACUGGUGGAGGCAUGCCGAGCAGGUAACAGUCUUAUUCAAUCUUGGUCGUUAUUCAACAAAGACCACUACUCGCGCAUGUCAACCCAUGUCUCCAAUCUCCUUGAUUAUGUCGAAAUUGGGUCCUCCACCGGCAUCCUGUGGCCCGAGCUACAGCAUAAGCAUGCCAAUACGUCCUUUCUCAGGCCACCAAUCGAAUCUCGGAUGUCCCUCAAUAUGCUAUACAAUACUAUCUGGCGCGCCAAACGUCUCUAUUCGGGCUCCCGAAGUAUGGUAUCUGCACUGAGAGAACAAAGGCAUGGUGUCGCAGCAUCCCCCGCUGAGCCCUCAACCGAACUUCGAGACCAUGACUUCAUGCAGAUGCGCACACCGACAUUUGAUGAUUUUGGCCUGAUGAACGAGUUUGCAGACCCUCAGGGUUUUGACAUAUUCGCAGAUUGGCAAGAUCUACUCGGUAAUUCGACAUGA